AUUUAUCCUCCAGAGGUCAUUUCCUGUUAUUAGUAGCUGACUGUCGUUAGAUUCCCGCUGCCGUAUUGACACGUCACGAAGGUCAGGAACGAACUGAUGGAAAAAUGGCGACCACCUACAACACCUUCAAUUUGCACACGGCCCCUGAGAAGUUCUACAUCGAAGCCUGUGAUGAUGGUGUUGGAGACGUCCUCGCCAUUGACAGGGUGUCCACAGAAAUGACCCUGACAGUGAGGAAGGACGUCCCUCCUUCAGCAGUGACACGACCAAUAUGUGGCAUCAUGGGAACCAUACGGCUGGUGGCAGGCACGUAUCUCAUCGUCAUUACAAAGAAGAAGAAAGUGGGUGACCUGUUUGGCCACACGGUCUGGAAGGCGGCUGAGUUUGACAUCAUUUCCUACAAGAAAACGGUUCUGCAUCUGACUGAUAAUCAGAUGCAAGACAACAAAGCCUUCCUGUCCAUGAUCAACAGCGUCCUGAAUACAGAUGGUUUCUACUUUGCCACGGACUAUGACCUGACGCACACGCUACAGCGCCUGGCCAACACCAGCCCAGAGUUUCAGGAGAUGACCUUACUGGAGCGGGCGGAUCAGAGAUUCGUGUGGAACGGUCACCUUCUCAGAGAAUUCAUGGCACAGCCUGAGCUACACAAAUUCGUCUACCCGGUUGUUCACGGCUUCAUCACUAUGAAGUCAUGCUGUAUCAACGGUAAAAUCUUUGACUGGAUCAUUGUUUCUAGGAGGAGCUGCUUCCGCGCUGGUGUCCGCUACUACGUCAGAGGUAUCGACUCUGAGGGUCAUGCAGCCAACUUUGUCGAGACAGAACAGAUUGUUCAGUAUAAUGGAGGAAAAGCGUCAUUUGUUCAGACUCGAGGCUCCAUCCCGUUCUACUGGUCUCAGAGACCCAACCUCAAAUACAAACCAAAACCACAGAUCAGCAAAAGCAUCAAUCACCUGGAUGGUUUUCAGAGACAUUUUGACUCUCAGAUCAUCACAUACGGCAAACAAGUGAUUCUGAAUCUGGUAUGUUUCCCUGUAUUUGCUCCAUUCACACUGAGGUGUCGCUCCCAGGCUGGAAAUAUCUCAUUAAGAUCUGUUUUUAUUCUCCAGGUCAAUCAGAAAGGCUCAGAAAAGCCACUGGAACAGGCCUUUGAAAAGAUGGUGGGCAGUUUGGGCAAUGGCAUGAUCAAGUACAUCGCGUUUGACUUUCACAAGGAGUGCAGCCGUAUGAGGUGGCAUCGCCUGCAGAUCCUGGUGGACAUGGUGGCAGAAAUGCAGGAUGAGUUCGGCUACUUCCUGGUGGAUUCAGAUGGGACGGUCCAAAUGCAGCAGGACGGGACGUUCCGAAGCAAUUGCAUGGACUGUUUGGACCGAACCAACGUCAUCCAGAGUCUGCUGGCCCGUCGCUCGCUGCAGUCACAGUUAGAGAGGAUGGGAGUUUUACAUGUGGGGCAACGGAUUGAAGAUCAGGCAGAUUUUGAAAAAAUAUACAAGAAUGCAUGGGCAGAUAACGCCAAUGCGUGUGCCAAACAGUACGCUGGCACAGGAGCCCUGAAGACUGAUUUCACACGGACGGGAAAGAGAACCCAGUGGGGUUUGCUGAUGGACGGAUGGAACUCCAUGAUCAGAUACUACAAGAACAACUUCUCAGAUGGGUUCAGACAGGACUCCAUUGACCUGUUCUUGGGGAACUAUGCUGUGGAAGAGGCGGAUAUAAACACUCCUCUACAUGAGCCCAAAGACUGGAAGUUCCUCACGCUGCCAAUCAUCAUGGUGGUUGCUUUCUCAAUGUGCAUCAUAUGUCUCCUUAUGGCUGGCGACACCUGGACGGAGACUCUGGCGUACGUGUUGUUCUGGGGCUCGGCGAGUGUUGUGACCGGCGGCGUGAUCCUCUUCAACGGCCGGGACUUCGUCGACGCGCCCAAACUGGUACAGAAGGAGAAGAUGGACUGAACCUGCGUGUGUGGGAAGCAGCUUGGUCCCACCGAGUCUUCAUCCUCCUCCUCCUCCUCAUCCUCAGUCCUGUCUUACUCUCAGCUUCACCGGGCCUGGAGCCUGUACUGACGCCACACGGCGAGGAGGAAGAGGACGAAGGCCGGGGGCCGGACGGGACCGAACGCGCAUGGACGCACCCGCUGCUCUCCACACGGGAAUCGUAUCACGCGGGACCAUCUCACAGAGAUCCCAUAAUUCCAUCUGCAUAUAGGCAGCUUUACAGGAGCAACGCUGGAAAAUCAAGCACCUUAUACUCGACCAUGAGGUUCUCGGCCCCGUCCUCGUGGUUCACACGUCCCGAAGGCGUUUUUCAUAGACACCCGUGUCUAAACGCACACGCCUGCCGAUAUCCCACCGGCUCUCAUAAGUCGCAGCUCUCGGACUGUUUGUGUAAAACCAAACGCAUUUGUAUCGCAUCUGCCGUCACCUCAAAAUCAUUGUCUUGUUUUCUAAUAAAGAUAUGUACACAAUAAGAUAUAUUGAUAUCACUUUACAAUAAGGUUUAACUACAUUAGUUAACAUGAACUAACAAUGAUUAGAUUUUAUCAAUCUUGGUCAAUGUUAAUUUCAACAUUUACUAAUACAUUAUUAAAAUCAAAAGUUGUAUAUGUUAACAUUAUAGUUAAUGCACUGUGAACUAACAUGAACAAACAAUGAACAACUAUAUUUUUACAGAAUAACAUCAACUAAGAUAAUAAAUACUUCAAAAAUAUAUUGUUCACUUAGUUCAUGUUAACUAAUGUAAACAAAUUAAUGUUCUGUAAUACAAUAAGGUUCUGUAUGUUAGCAUUGGCUAAUGCCAUAGCUAGCAUGAACAAAUGAUGAACAAUACAUUUACAGCAUUUAUUAUUUCUGCAUAUACAUUUUAAUAUACAUAUGCAUUUUUAAAGUUAACUGAUAUAUUAUGAAUGAACAACAUGAAUUAACAUUUAUUCUAUUAUUUUCAACCUGUAAAAAUGUUAAUUUUUAGUUGAUGAAACUUUGAUGUAAACAAACUGAAACUUGUUGUAAGCUUUGAUCUCGGCAAAUAUAUCUUUCUCUAAAUGAUUUAUUUAAAUUGUAAUAGUUUUUUCUUGUUUUAAGUAAGAAAAUAUGAUAGCUUGUUUCCGCCACAGAAUAAAAAAAAAAGACAAUUGCGACUUUUUAUCUCGCAAUUCCGACUUUUUUUCUCUGAAUUAUAAACUCGUAAUUUUGACUUUUUUCUCAGAAUUGUGAGAUAUAGUCACAAUUGCAAGUUUUAAAGUCAGAAUUGCGUGAUAUAAAGUCACAAUUACGUGUUUUUAAAGUCAGAAUUGUGAGUUAUAGUCACAAUUCCGUGAUAUAAAGUCAGAAUUGCUUGAUAUAAAGUCAGAAUUGUUAUGUAAAGUCAGAAUUGCGAGAUAUAAACUAAAUUUUUACUUUUUUCUCAGAAUUGCGAUAUAAAGUCGCAAUUGUGAGUUAUAAAGUCAGAAUUGCGAGUUUUAAAGUCAGAAUUGUGUUAUAAAGUCAGAUUUGCAAGAUAUAAACUCACAAUUUUGACUUUUUCCUCAGAAUUGCGAUAUAAAGUCGCAAUUGUGAGUUAUAAAGUCAGAAAUUCGUUACAUAAAGUCAGUAUUGCAAGAUAUAAACUCACAAUUUUGACUUUUUUCUCAGAAUUGUGAGUUUUAAAGUCACAAUUGCGAGUUAUAAAGUCAGAAUUGUGAGAUAUAAACUCGCAAUUGACUUUUUUUUUCUCAGAAUUGCAGAAUGUAAAUUAGCAAUUGUGAGAAAAAAAGUCGAAAUUACCUUUUUUAUUUUUUAUUCAGUGGCGGAAACGAGCUUCCGUAAGAAAAUGUUUGAAGCGAGAAAAAAACAUUACAAAAAUCAAUGUAAUUUUUUAAAAACAUCUUAAUAUCUUCAAUUAUAUAUUUAAUUCUGCAUUACACGUUAUUUAAAUUUUUUGUUCUUGAGAGUGCUUAAAUUUAUUUAUUUAAUUUCAUUUUUUUUUACUGGAAAACAAGACAAACAUAGCGAUUUGCAUUGCGGCAGCUGCAUGUCUCAGCAUUUUGUAGUGAAUUCGAGCAUUUGAGACGGACCCAGAGUUCAUGUGCGGUUAAAAGGACUCGUUUUAUCCUCGCCUUCAAUAUCAUGGUCUUCCUCAGUCAGAGUUUUGGGAGCCUUUACAAAUGAACUGUUUAUUAAAGUGAUUCGAGGCAUUCUGUGGAGCUUAAUGAACUGAUUCUGUUCGUAAUCAAAACUGAUUCAUAUGAAUCUUUACUUGGGACCAGCGUCUCAUUGGCCAAAGGAGUUUACAGCAGGAUCGUCCCAUCACUGAACCGCUGUGCCAUAUCUGUGUUUCUUUCAUGAGUCUGCGGAGGAUUGAUGCCUUAUGUUUGCUGUGCUCUUCAUUUGAUCCCUCUGUAUCUUCACUGCAGGACGUUCUUCUCAUGUCUGGCACCUGCUUAUCGGAGAAUGUUAAAAUGAUGUGUAUUAUUGUUAUUAAAGUUAUUAUCAUGAUGCUCUUGUGUCGGGAAGUUUCGGUUCUAAAGGGAAAAGAGCGUCCCGAGCACAAGCUGUCCUUGGAAAGCUUCAGCACUGACGGAUGUUGCAAAAAAUGCAUUACAAAAUUACAAACUGUUGAAGAUCUGUUGAGGACUGUGUUCAGUUUGCUCGCUUCAUGUCACUCACACUAGUUUUAUCUGCAUUGACUGGAACAUGUUUGCAUGACAUUCCUGGUAGGAAUUUCAAAAAGUGCGUUGCUUUGAACGAGCUCAAAUUGAAUGGGAAUAACAGGCUCAAAAUGCCACAGCAGAUCAGCCGAAACAAGAGUGCAAACCGUGACCCGUGUGCAUGUCUGCAGGGGUUCGUCCAAUUAACAGCAUUUUCUCCACAUGAACUCCAUGGCCAGUCAACUUCAAUCUUACUGCAUUGAAAAAGUUCAUCUGCAAAUGAUCAACUCUGUCAAGUCGUUCCAAACUUGCAUAACACAAAUGAGACGUUCAGUACAUUCAUGCUGUUUUUGCUGUUUUCAUAGCGAUAAUUCAUUGUGAACAUUUCUGUCAAUCUGCAAAAAUGAUCAUUUUAUAAAUCAUUAAUAUGA